AUGACCUUUUUCAAAAAUUCCAACCGCCAAUCUCGCCUUCUAUAUCGCUUCUCACAUUACUCAGUUUGCCCUUUAUAUCAUUUUUUCACUUCAACACUUCUUUCUCUUCUUUUUUAUUCGUCGUUAUCACCUUCUCUCUUCUUCUCUUUUCCUUCUUUUAUUUGCAUUUCACUAUUUAUGUUUCUGCUAUGCGAUGACGUCCCCUUCCCGUUAACAGCACUUCUUUUUACAUUAUACGGUGCCGUUUAUGUUUCACUUAGUAUCAAACGACCACCAUUUGCCUCUCUCCCAUGGACCAUUAAGCAUUGCUCCGUCAGCAUAAAUGAUGAUUCUCCAGCAAUUCCUGCAGCACAUUACUUGGGUAAGGUACAUUUGUCAUUUAUCACUUCUUACGCCUUUUCUAUCAUUUUUCCUCUCAUAUCAUCUUCUUUCCGCAUCAUAACUAUUUUCCAUAUUUUAUAUUUCGCCGUUGUCGCUUUCUAUCUUCUUCUCUACCUUCUUUUGUUUUCACUUCAAUGCUUGUCCCUUUCACGUUUUUAUCACUUUCUUCUCUACCAUAGGAUGUUAUUUAUGCUUCACUUCCUGUCAAUACCUCUCACUAAUAUUCACUUGUCUUUAUCCUUUUCUACUCGUUUCUCUUUAUCUUCUCCUACUUAUACUUCCAUGUUUAUCUCGAUGCCUUGCACUGACGUCCCUUCCACGUUAAUCUUGGUUUUGGAAAUUAAAUUUAUUUUUCCUCUUUGUCGUCGGCUUACAUUAAAUCGCAAAAGCAAUUUCUGA